CAGUCCAAACACCUCCUAAAACAUUCAUACAGGACCCACAGUCUGGUGUUUCUAUCAAGUUCUGAGAGGAAGAAUAAAUCACACCCCUCCCACCGGCGCAAGAGGUGAAAUCAACGUGCAAAUAAAAAUCUCGAUACUCAAGUUGCGGCAAGCUUCAUCUGUUCUAGGUGGAUGUCCAAAAUGAAAAUGUCGAACGAAGAAAGACGUAACAGCAAGCUUGAAGAGGCACUCGAAGUGAAGUCGUUGAGGCGAAUCAUCAGCGCCUAUCUCAACUAUUCGGAUGCUGCAGAAGAGGAUGUUAAAAGGUAUGAAAGAUCCUUUAAGAAGCUUCCACCUGCCCACAAGGCUCUUUUGUCCCAUCUUCCUCUAAAAUUUCAAAGACUCAGACGGUGUAUAUCUAUAAAUUCAUUUUUCAUCUUGAACAUGCUUCAGGCAUUUGAGCCUCCACUUGACAUGAGCCAGGACAUAGACAUUUGUGAACAUGAAGAUCCAGAAAGUGCCCCUGAAUAUCAACUCCACUCUGGGGAGAGAAAUUUUUGUUCUUGUCAAUCAGUCUCUACUAGUGGAAGAAUGUCUUCUUCCAAAACUGAUCUCACUAGUCCUGAUUGUGGCAGAGAUCUGACUUGCAUCUCACUAAAAGGGAAGAGUAACAAUGAGGAGGUACGGAUGGAAAGUGUCUCUGAACCUGUGAAUGAAAGCCAGCCUGUGAACUCAGAAGAUAGCAAAGUAUCAAGUAGAGUUCAUGAUGAUGCCAGAAUUGUAAACAAUCAAAUGGAACUUUAUCCAACUUCUGAUUCCAAUGGAAAUGCAAGUGCACCCCCACGUGAUUGGCUGGAUCCAUCAUUACAAUUAAAUGUUCCAUUGGUGGAUGUUGACAAGGUCCGAUGUAUUGUAAGGAAUAUUGUUAGAGAUUGGGCACCAGAGGGACGGAGAGAGCGUGAUCAGUGCUAUAAGCCUAUUCUUGAAGAACUUGAUAGACUAUUCCCUUCUCGGUUUAAGGACAGGCCUCCUAGCUGUUUAGUUCCUGGUGCUGGACUUGGAAGGCUAGCUUUGGAGAUUUCAUGUAUGGGUUUCAUAAGCCAGGGAAAUGAGUUUUCAUACUACAUGAUGAUCUGCUCAAGUUUUAUGCUUAACCACACACAAAAUGCUGGGGAAUGGACAAUUUAUCCUUGGAUACACAGCAACUGCAAUUCUCUUUCGGAUAAUGAUCAACUUCGUCCUGUUUCAUUCCCUGAUAUACAUCCGGCUAGUGCAGGAAUAACUGAAGGAUUUUCUAUGUGUGGUGGUGAUUUUGUCGAAGUUUAUAGUGAUUCUAGCCAAGAAGGAGUUUGGGAUGCUGUAGUGACUUGCUUCUUCCUUGAUACGGCACACAACAUUGUUGAAUACAUCGAGAUCAUAUCAAGGAUCCUAAAAGAUGGUGGAGUAAGUUUAAGCUGUAAAGAAGUAUGGAUAAACUUGGGCCCCCUACUCUAUCACUUCGCAGAUGCAUAUGGACCAGAUGAUGAGAUGUCCAUUGAAAUUAGUUUGGAAGAUGUGAAGAGGGUUGCAUUCCAUUAUGGAUUUCAAUUAGAGAGAGAAAAGACUAUUGAAACUACGUACACUGCAAACUCUCGAUCCAUGAUGCAAAAUCGGUACUAUGCAGCAUUUUGGACGAUGACAAAGAAAGAAGCAAUUUCAAAGAAAAGGGAAACAAUAUAAAUAGAUUAAUUUGUCAUGAUAGAAGGCUACAAAUUAUAUUCUUGUCAAGCAAUGUAGUGGUUAAGAGCUGCUGAUGUUUAAUCGCAAGCAGUUGUUUAGUGUUGACUUCUUGUUUGAUGUCAUUAAACUGUUGAAGACUUGGUAAUACAUCACAAGGAUAUGGUUGAUUCAUCAAUUUGUUGAUAGGGUAAAGUGUAACCAUUAUCUACAUUUGAGCAAUAGCUGAACAUUUAAACAAGUAGAGGAAGAAAUGAUGACUUAAGCGACAUUA